AAUGUAAACGCCACUAGAGGCCACAUCAGCGCCGUACUAUACGAGCAUCUCUGCGACCAUCACAUACCGGUUUCCUCUUUUGCGUAUCGGUUGGUCAACCAUUGAACUCUUUAGAUGUAACUUCAAAAGGAGCGUCCAUUGUGUUCUCCUACUCUGAUGUUUAAAUCAUGAACUGGUUUAGGCUGGAGCCGACUGCGAUUAAGGUACUACGAUCCACUCGAUGGCAGAAGAUUAACAUCAAUGCAGUGCUGUACGACCGGUGAAACAUAGGCCACCGGUCGAAGCGAGUCCCUGAGCCCUCAAAAGGGUGGCGAUAUGGAUUGUGGUUGACCUUUUUCCCCGCCCAAGCCAUCCUUGACCGCAUCCACAGCAUGUCGAAUACCCAGUUCGUUGCGGUUAGUGAUGACGAUCCCAGCAUCCGGUAUGAAGGUAACUGGGCCCAGCUUCGUGCUGGUGGAGGAUCAGCCCAUGCGACGUUUUGUAGUGCCUCAAGCACUUCAUACAGUUUCACGUUCUCAGGUACUAGAAUCACGGUAGGGGGAGUCCUCCUUCCCCCAAAUGGGACGGCAACUCUCACCUCUACCUAUACCGUUGAUGACUCGCAGCCCGUAACCUAUCGUGCCCCAACGAAUACGACACAGGAGAGCGACAGCGUAGUCUUUUUCCUGUCGCCUUUUUUAUCGGCCGCUCAGCACACGCUUGUUGUCGAUGUCGCGUCCUGUUCAACAGAAAACCCGUACAUAAUCCAAUUGAUUGGAUACAUCCCCACGUCAACAUCUACACUACCAUCUGCGUCGUACAUGCCAACGAAUUUUCCCCUCCCAACGGGUUCCGCCGCCAAUGGAGCAUCCACUAAUGAGUCACAUUCUUCCACUCCCGUUGGUGCGAUCGUUGGCGGUGUUAUCGGAGGUGUAGCACUGCUGGUCAUCACUGCCAUCACCUUGUGGUAUUUCUGUUUCAGACGUGGCCGUGGGCAGCCUUAUUUCUACAAAUCUGCUGAAGCUGGCGACUUGCUUGGCCAAGAGGUUAAACCGUAUGACGGCCCCGGUCCACAAUCCCCUCCCAGCACAGCACCGUCACAAGACCCUUUGUCGUAUUACACACCCACCGUCACCGGUAGCCACUCCCCACCUGCAAGCGAUAUGGGCGGAAGUUCCUACAUACAGAGCGCUUCCAACUAUACCCGUCAAAGUUAUGCCCCGAGCACAGUACUCUCCAUUGCCAACCCAAACGCCGGUCCUGCCGUUCGCGCUAGUCCCAACCAGCCGCCGAGCAAAGCUGCUCAGGCUGGGCUUCUGUCUAUUCCUCAAGAAGCUACGUAUCACGCAGAUUCUGGAGUGCGAUUUGGAGCACCUGGGGAGCCGUCCAGUUCUGGUGCUUAUGUGGAUCCCACAGUCCCAGCCGACAUCCCACCCACGUAUUCAGAGCGGUAGAGUAAAAUGGUGUCAAGAUUGCAUGCUUGUGGUUAUGGCGAUGGCGGUUGUCGAACGGCGUAUUCAUUCUGAAUUGUACUGUAACAUGUCUCUCCUUUUAUCUGCGUCACACGCUCUUUCCAUUGAUAUCGUUCUAUAACUUCUCUAUUCAUAUAUAUCACAUUUGCAGGGCACAAUGUAUACUCAUACCAUAUUCCCGUUCAUUAUAGAUAUUUUUAGUCGACUGACCAAUGUUCU